AUGAAAUUAAAAUCUAUUACCUCUGCAAUAUUUGUAACGGUUUUCAUUGCCGGUACGACAAUUUUUGCUGCACCUCUUCCAGAAUUACAAUUCAAAAAUUUGGUCUCAUUUGGAGAUUCAUUUACUGAUAGUGGAAAUGUGUACAAAUUGACCAAUCAAACAUGGCCAUCACCGGCAAAUUUUUACGAAGGUAGAUUUAGCAAUGGGAAAAUGUGGGUCGAAUAUCUUGGUGAGAUUUUCGGGGCGGAAUUAGAAAAUAAAGCGUAUGGUGGUGCAACUUCCGAUAAACUUGUUGUUCCAGGAGCUACGGAGGACAUUCCUGUGCCUGGAAUUAAACAACAAGUGGAUGAAUAUCUUCUUGAGAAUAAUGAUCACGGAAAUACUCUAUAUGCAUUUUGGGAUGCCGGUAAUGACUACUUUUUCACAAAUUUUACAGUUGAACCAUCAAAAGUUGUGGAAUCCAUGGGUCUUUCAUUUGAAAAAUUAGCUACAGCAGGAGCAAAAUCAUUCCUUGUAGCAGAUAUUGAAGAUUUUUCCUUAUUACCAUUCUUUAAAGAUUUAUCGUCAGAAAUUAAGACAUCGUACAAGGCCAUCGUUAAGGCUCAUAAUGAUGCUUUAGGUGAUUACUUGAAAUCAUUCGCCGAGCAACAUAAUGAUGUUAAUAUUUAUAGGUUUACAACUGUUGAAAUAUUCGCUUAUUAUAUGUCAGACAAAGGUCAAGAGGAGUUAAAAAUCACCAAUGUAAUAGAUGCUUGUAAUACUAUUUAUUCAAAUCUUACUAACCCUGUUAUUUGUGAAGACCCUGAACAAUUCUUUUUUUGGGAUGCUUUCCAUGUAACUACUAAAAUUAAUUCAGCUAUCGCUAAAGAUUGUGUCAAGCUAUUUCAAAGAAUUGACAAUUAA